UGUCCGGCUUCUGUGGAGUAGAGCAGGCAACAUGGCGGCUGCUGAGGCAGCUGUCUCGGAAGAGUACGUGGUGGGCGCCGAGGCAGGCCGGGGGCAGGAGCCGCUGUCAGGGACCCCCGUAGAGUACCACCGCGAUCCCUCCGGCCCCGUCAACCCGGCCAGCCCCGAUUUCCCCGGCCUGGUGAGCCCCUACCGCACCCACCGCGUGGCGAACCCCGAAGACCUCGUGGAGCUUGCCCAGCAGGUGCAGAAGGCUGAUGAAUUCAUCAGAGCAAAUGCUACCAACAAGCUGAUAGUUAUAGCUGAGCAAAUCCGGCAUUUGCAAACACAGGCCAGGAAGGUAUUGGAAGAGGCUCGAAAAGAUGCUGAACUGCACCAUGUAGCUUGUAGUGUGGUGAAAAAACCUGGAAAUAUUUACUACCUCUAUAAACGGGAGAAUGGACAGCAGUACUUUUCCAUUAUUUCACCAAAGGAAUGGGGGGAAAGUUGUCCACAUGAUUGCCUUGGUGCCUACAAGCUUCAGCAUGACUUCUCCUGGACUCCAUUUGACAACAUCGAGAAGCAAGAUGCUGAAAUCAGCAUCACGGACACACUUUUGAGCCAGCAGAUGGCCCUGCCCCAGUGUACAGAGCCCAAUUUCCAGGGCCUCACUUAAUGACCAGGGACAAUGCCAAAUAGAAUGUGGGCCUGGCCAUUCUGUCUCCUUAGCUUCUCUACGCCCUACUUUGUAGGAGUUGUGAGAAGUGAGAUAUGAUGUACACAUAUGAGCACCUUGGAUGGAGAUCCCCUGUGUGAAUUGAAGUAUAUAUAUCAACUCAUUUUGGGCUCCAUGCUCCCUGCUUCAGAGAAUCUGCAACUAAACAAACAUGGGCUAGUAACCAUUAUUACAAAUCACAGCUCACCCAGAUGGACAAAAUCCAUCACCAUAGCUGAACUAGAGACUUUAUAGGAAAGAGAGGAAAUGUCAUUUCCUUGAAAAGGUUAUAGACUACUGUUUAUACCCAGGAAUCUGUACUGCCACCUCUUUUUAACUCAGAAUGUUUGGGAAUGGGAUUAAGGCUAAGCAAAGGGCCUGGUGCUUCUGCUUCUCUAAGUGAUUCUACCCUGUUCCAGAAAACUUUAGACUCAGAAUCAUCAUCCAAGGUCUCAGGAAUAUGCACUGUGCAGAAUGGCAGGUAGAGUAAUGUGGCUGAUCAGAGAAGUAAUUCUAGUUUCCUUAAAGCGCUGUCUGGGCUGCAUUUACCCUAACUCCUCAAGCCCUUCUUGUUGGGCUGGAAAAUUGUGACAGAUGCAGGAGAGAAGAGUGGCGGCCUUCCCUUAAACUCCUUGCCUUCAGUUCCUAACCAGAGUUUUAGGAUCAUAGAUUUAGAGCUGGAAGGCACCUUCAGAAGGCAUUGAAUUCAAUCCCCUUCUUUUACAGAUGAGGGGGAGACUGAGAUGUUAAGUGACUUGCCCAGAGUUCCAUAGCCGUUAAGUGUCUGAGGCAGGACUUGAACCCACUUCCUCCAUGAAGCCAUGCUGCUUUGUGGAGGAAGAGAGUUGAAUUUUUGUUAGCCUAGUUUGGGAAAAAGGUCCAGGGCUAAACUAUCAUAUCAGUAGCACAAGUCCAUUUAAAUGGCUAUUUAUAAAUAUCAUGAAAGAAAGGGUGAAACAAUACAAUGGGAAUGAGAACUCUGCAGUUCUGUUUGCAGAGAAUUUAUUUUGCUUUUUUCAUAGAAUUCAGAACAUCUAGUCUGACUCCUGUAUUUUAUAAAUGAUGAGCCUCCUGACCUUCUGCACUGUGGCCUCCUCAGAUUGAGAGUUUGGAGGGACCUAGGAGAUCAUCUAGUCCACCCUAUUUGUUCAUGGACACGAGAAAACUAAGGCUAGUCGUUGUUAGGUGACUAGCCCAAUGACCAGCUACACAAGUAGCAAAACCAGAAUUCCAGCCCAAGUCCCCUGACUUCUAGUCCAGUACUUCUGACGUUAUACUAAACUUCCUCUUGUAUUGAUGACAGUAAACAGCAAAGGAAUUCCCAAAGUAUGCAGCCAACUGCCUUCACUUAUCUUCAGCCACAUAGCAAUUAUAUGGGGAGUUCAAAUAAAAUGAAGUAUGCAGAAACCUAGUGGUGAGGUAGGAUAUUCUUUUCUGCGAAUUACCCAGCUAAUUGUCCCAAUUAAUUGCUUUGUCAAGAAAAAAAAAACUUGUUUUGCAAAUAGGAUUCUCCUGGGUUUAUCCCUAGCUAAAGGUCUCCAUGAGUCCCUGAUUCAGUUCAUGUACAUUUGGCAGUUGUUAAGUGCUAUCCUGUGUGACGUGGUUUGCUGUGAAGAGACUAGGCUGUGUUUAGCCACAAGAGCUGCCAUAACUCCUUGGGGAAUAGCACCUAUACUCCUAAACCCAUCUUGAACUUUAAGGUCUUUCCCACUGAGCUGUCUUGGAGUUACACAUGGCCAGCCAAAGCUAAAGCCCCUUCUGGGCUUCUGGUAAAAUGAAGGUACACCAAUCAGAGUUGGGACUGGAAGGAACCAAGGGAGAAGCAUGGGAUAGGAUGAAAACAUGGGCAGAGAGCCAAAGUGGUAGAGGAGAUGUUCUUAUUCCUCAUUUCCCAUAAGUAAAAUCUGAUAGAUCUGACUUGGAAUCCCAUUUAACAUACCAAUGGGAGGAGUGCCAUUGGCAUAAUGUUGUGGCUACUGUUGAUUUGAGAUCUAGAAUCACAUCUGCUGGAAGGAUUUUUUAAAAAUACUUCUGUUUAUCAGGCUCAGUUUCUGGGAGCUCAGAAUGAAGGCAGAUAGUAGGAAGGGAGAACUAUGUUGCAUCUAAGGAAAUGCUGUGAGUUUACUCUUCUCAGAAAGCAUACAUGAUUCAUUGACUAUCUCCCUUCUCUGAGCAUCAUAUAAAAUUAAGAGAACACCGGGACUUUCUGUUGUGACAAAGGUUGUGCUGUUAUCAGAUUAACCUCUUGGGCCAUUCUGUCUAUUGUAAGAAGUUGAGCAUGGAGCCAGCCAGAGAAAUUUGGUGUUUACUAAGUGCUGACUUCAAGAGCACUGUGCUGGGCUCUGGGAUAGAUACAGGAAUUAGAUGAUGAAAGAUGAUCAAGUAAGAUAAGAUGUUACUGAAAUAAACAUUACAGUCAAAUUUAUUCCUACUCCUGAUGGAAGGGAGGGGACUCAGAAAAGAAAGAUUAAGGAAAGGGUCAAGAAAGUUUAGGAAUAAUGGACCCUUAGCAAGAGAUGAAAUACAUCUGAAAAGAGCUAAUUAAAAUGGAUUUCUUUGUCUGGA